AUGCCACCCCAGACUCAGGAUUCCCCGCGUGGUGCUCGCGGUGGACGCGGUGGACGCGCGCGCGGUCGAGGACGAGGACGUGGACGAGGUGGACAUGGACGCGGCGGUAGUCAGGCGAAUACCACGGAAAACACAACGACUGCGCCUGCACCCGCAGCUACAGCUACACCAGAAGAGAACCCUAACCAGAACCAGAGAGGACAGAGGAACUGCAAAAAUGGACGAAGAUCUAGCAGGGGUCGAGGGAAAACCUCGCAGCCGCAGGCGAUGAUGCCGCAGUCAGAAUCCAGACAAAACCAACAAGCCGGAGCAGCUCAGAAGGCCCCUACUGAAAAGAAAAAGAAGAACAGAAAGAAGAAAGCCGCACCAACACCCUCAGACGCGGCGAACCCUACCAAGGACAAAACACCCAACAAGAAAGAAAACAAACCAACUCCACCCCCCAAAAAGACCAAGCCAUCCCUAACAACCCUCCCCGCCGAAAUCCGCUGGAAAAUCUACAAUUACAUCUUCCAACCAACCUACCGCGUCGCGAUCACCCGCCAAAAACCCAAAUGGACAACCUCUCCCACCGACACGCGAAAACGCCUCUACCACACCCGUCUUCCCUACCGUAACCCGAAAACGCAAAUGAGCCCGCACGACUCGAAACAUAGCCAAGUCGUUCGUCGACGGAAUCCGCUCCCGAUCUCGCUGAUUUUCAGCUGCAAGGUCAUCUACCGCGAGACGAUAUUGCAUUUGUACGCGAAUACGCAGUUUGUUUUCAAUAGUACUCGCGCGCUGGAUCGGUUCUUGCAUACAACUAGUUCCCAGACACAGGAGGCUAUUCAGCACAUCGAGCUGAAUCAUAUCAUGUACAAUGAGCCGCGGCUGCUGGGGUUUAGGGUGUUCAAGCACCGGUCUGAUUUAGCAUGGUACUGUGCGUGCGAGGAUUUGGCAGUUGCGUGCAAGUCGUUGAGAGCGCUGCAUAUUAGCAUGAAGAUCUGGGACUGGCCGAUACAUCUAGAGCUCGGGGAGCGGUGGUCGUGGCCGUUGUUGGUGUUUGAGCGGUUUGGGAAUAAGGUUGAUUUUGCGAGCGUGACGCUUCAGAUGUGUAAAUUUGAAGAAGAGAGGUUAAAGGAGAUGAGCAGGGAGGUGGAGAAGAGGCUUAUGAGGAGUGAAGCGUGGCAGGUUCGCGAGGAUGAGAGGAUGGCGAGGGAGAUUAAUGGGAAGGUUAAGGCGAAUAGGGUUUUGAGGGUUGUUUUUUAG